AUGACUUCGGCGACCACCAAGGCGACCGCCGGUUUUCUCUCCACGCACGCCACGUCUUCCGCAAACCCGUCUGUCCUCGGGACCACGCACGACCAGGGCGACGUCACCUCCAGGACAACCUCGAUGACCAUGGUGUCCCUUUCGACCAAUGAGACGACGGCCCUCAACGCCACGGGGCUCCCGGGGCCGCUGGUGGAGGGCGCCGGGAUGGGGAUGGUGCUGCUGCCCUUCGGAAUCAUCACUGUGAUCGCGCUGGCGGUGGUCGUCAUGCUGUACAUUCGGAAGCGGAAGCGGCUGGAGAAGCUGAGGCACCAGCUCAUGCCCAUGUAUAACUUUGACCCAGCCGAGGAGCAGGACGACCUGCUGGAGCAGGAGCUACUGGACCAGGGCCGUGACGGAGGCCUGGGCCCCAACAGCAAGACCCUCACCACCUCCCACGGCUCCUCCCAGAGGCCCAGUCGACUGGUGUUCACAGACGUGGCCAAUGCCCUGAGCGCGUGAGGAGGUCCGCCCAGCUCUGGCACCUCUGGCACCUCUGGCCUACUGGAUGUCACGGGGCAGCCCGGCUCCUCCUAGGACCUGUCACUCAGGAGGACCUUGGUGGGAAAAUAAAAGGACUGGAAGGAAAGGGAUCAGACGAUUGGUGCACUGUUGGUGUUUUUAAAGGGUUGUGGCUGGGAGGGGGGGAGUCAAAUAACUGGUACUUUCUCACUUCAACCAUUCCAUCCUAGUUUCAGCUUUAUGUUGACUUUCGUUUGCAUAAACGUCAUCUCGGGGGACUGGUAUUUGGGAAUAAAAGGGGGGGUGUAUUGAUCUUGCACUGUUAUUAGUUGUUUUGGCGCACACAGACAAAGACACGCCCACCAUUUCUGUUGAUAUUUAUGUUGGUGUCAUUGUUGAUAUAUCUGUACCUUUUGAUAUCUGAGUGCACAUUUGGCUCCGCGUGUUCAUUGGUUGGGGGUGUGUUGGUUUUGCCGUUUUGUGUUAGGGUGCAUUUUGUAGACUUGACAUCACUUCCUUCAUCGGGCACUUCCUCUUCCAAUCAGUGUUUGUGAUGAUGUGUUGACAGACCGUUUUGAGUGCUUUGUCAAAGUGACGCAAUAAACCCACUCAAACUCUACUGUUACAGAAGUAAUUUGGUAACAUUUUAUUGGCAAUAUGGCUGCAGAUUAAGACAAAAAAAUGCAGUAUAGGCUCAUAAAAUAGGUAACAGGUUGCUUCUGUAAAUCGACCUGUAUCAGUGGAUGAUGACACAUAUAAAAUGUGCAUAAUUAUAAAAAGAGUCAAGCACGAAAUUAAGGGAUAAAUUCCUAUGUGAAAACGUUUUGAUGAAAUUCUACUUUUUAAUCAUUGAAAAGAUUACACAUCUAGCGUUGUGACAUUUCCAACAACACCCGGAGAUACUAGCAUUGUGAAGUAUUUGUAUUACUUUGAGCUAUUACUUUGAGCUGUCCCUCAAUAACAAGAUUGAUCACAUCAAGAUUAAUUAUGCGUAUGGUUAAAGGUGAGGUAUCGUCAUGAUACCUAAACACUCUUCUGAGAUGCUGUUAACUUGCUUUGGAAGUCUAGUGGAAAAAGCUAAAUAAAUCAGUUCAAAGGGACCAUCAAAAAGUAGCCUACAGUAAAUCUAUUAUUGUUUUAGUCGCAGUUCCCCGAGUAGUGCUCAAGUGAAGAUAAUGUUAAGUAAAAGUUGAUUAUUCUGAAAUUUGGAGUAGUUUAUGGAUAGUUCACACAUAGGCCUAUGCAAAAAAGAUUUGCCACAUGAUGAAAAAUGAA